AUGUACACAACGAGAUUCCAAAUGACCGUGCCACGAUGGCUACGCCAGCAGCGGCCACAAGAUGGCGAAGAGGCAGUGUCCCUCAUUGGCGACGAUAUCGAGAAGCGAGAAGAUGAUGGCCAUCGUAUUACCGCGUUGCCCGACGCCUCAGUCUACCAGCUAACACCUCGCACAGACAACUCGUCUUUCCUGAACAGAAUACUCUCCAUCGUCGGCGCCGUCGUCAACACAAUCCUGCAUGCGCUCCGACCCUCGUUCUUCGGCGCUCGUACCCCCCGCAAACUCCAUCCAACGUCCUACCUCGACGGCCUCCGCGGUUGUGCCGCCUUCAUCGUUUUCCUACACCACAGCACGCAGUCUUUCUACCGCGUGGUCCGUCCCGGCUAUGGCUCCUCCGCAAUGGCCACACACCCUCUCUCGCUCCCCAUCUUGCGCGUCCUCUUCGCUGGUGGCCCCAUGGUCAGCAUCUUCUUCGUCAUCUCCGGCUACGUGCUUUCCACCAAGCCGCUCAAGCUCGCGCGCCUGGGCCGUACGGCCGAAGUGUACGAGUGCGUCGCCAGUAGCACCUUCCGCCGCGGUCCGCGGCUCUACAUUCCCUGUUUGACCGCCACGCUUCUGAUCGCGCUGGCCGCGCAGGCGGGUCUCACUGACGUGCAAGCACCUCGCGUGUAUCUGCCCUCACCAGACGGCCUUUAUGCUCAGCUGUACAGGUGGGCCAGCGCCAGUAGCUGGUUCAUCAGCCCCUUCGCGAGCGAGCACUGGUUCGAGCCCAACACAUGGACCAUUCCCAUCGAGUUCAAGGGCUCGCUGCUCGUAUUCCUCAGCUGUAUGGGCCUCGCUAAGUCAAGCUCGAGAUUCCGCCUCGGCUUUCUGCUCUGCAUGGCCGGGUUCUGGCUCUGGCACGGCUGGUGGGAUAUGUUUCUCUUCAGCAUGGGUAUGGCGUGCGCAGACCUGCACUUUGUGCACACACCCAUCCCGUUGCCCACAGAUGGUGCCGCCGAGGGCAUGGCGAGGCCUCCGAUGAUUCGGCGGCACGGUAUUCGGACUCGGCUGCUGCACGCCUUUUCGAUCCUUCUUUGCGUGUACUUGCUCGGCUGUCCCGAAGGCGACGAGGGCGGCAGCACCACACCCGGAUAUAUCACUCUCACUACCACACUCACGCCGCCUGGCUGGGAGGGUCAUUUCGGUCCCGGCCGUUGGUGGCCAGUGCUGUCGUCUGUGCUCCUGGUCCUGACGCUUGACCAUGCGGGGCCUGAGAGUAUUUACCAGCGCGUAUUUGUGAGCAACUUUGCGCAGUGGUUGGGUGAUAUCAGCUUCGCGUUGUAUCUGUGCCACGCUGCUGUGUUGUAUAGUGUUUCAAGCCGCGCCGUGCGGUGGGGUUGUGCGAUCAUGAGUGUUGACUAUGGGACCGGGAUCAACGGGCAGGGCGGGCCGAGCUACUUUGUGGUGCUGGUUGGGGCGACGAUGAUAACCGUGCCCAUCCUUGUAUGGAUGAGCGAGGUGUUGACUGCCGUCGUUGACAAGGGGGCGGUGGAACUUGCCAGGAGAAUGAGGGCAUGGUAA